AUGACUACUUUGUCUGGUUUUUCUGUGCAAUGGGAGUGGGAAGGUGACAAAUCUCAGUGGCAACAAUAUCCUCUUGAGAUUCAAAAGGAAAUAUCCGAUGCGUGUGAGGGAGGCAAAAAAUCGGUAGAGAUUAAUGCUACAGACGAAAUCAAAAUGAUUAUUCAGUUUGACUCUAUGGUUCAAAUGAAUAAGAAAACAAAAUUUCAGCGCCGUAUACGUUUAUGUAUUGAAAUCGAAGAGAAAAAUGCUGAUGUAUUGAAACAAGAAAAAACGUCACUACCAUUUACGGUUGCUGGAAGGAAUUAUAAAAUUGAUCUAGAUAAGAUGGUACAAACAAAUGAAGCUACUGGACUUGAAAGAAAAGUUCAUUGUGUUAAAUCAAUGGCGAAAGUUCCAUCAGCAACCACGGCAUCAAAACCAUCCACAUCGUUACGAUCCACAGCAAGCGCACAAAAACGAUCGAUGGAAGAAAAUAACGUCGAUGAUGAAUCUGGUAAUGUUGUAGCGAAAAAAAAGAAAUCUGUAUCUGCUUCAAAAUCAGCACAAAAUCAAGAAAAAACCGCAAUGAAAACAAUAACGACGAUUGCUGGAAAAGUACCUGUUGAUUCUGAGUGUACAGAAGCCAACACAACACAUGUUUACAGUGAAGGUGAAGAUGCCUGGGAUUGUAUGUUAAAUCAACCUCGUACAGUAUCAUUAAAUCAAACCUUAUACAAUUUCAGGGGACGUGUUGGUAAAGCUGGUCAAACGGAAUUGAAAUCUCUUGGUUCUGAUCUCAAUGAUGCGAAAAGAACAUUUUGUAAAAAAUUUAGUGAUAAAACAAGAAAUGAUUGGUAUCAUCGUGAUACAUUUGUAAAAGUUUCUGAAAAAUAUGAUUAUAUCAAACUAGAUUUCAGUGCACGAGAUGAGAUAGAGGAGAAGAAAUCUAAAACAUGUACCGAACAAAAACCUCCGCGUGUAAUACCAGACUCAUGUCUUGAUAAACGUGUCCAAGAAUUGAUUAAUCUUAUUUGUAAUAUUCAAGCAAUGGAAGAUGCACUAUUAGAAAUGAAAUAUGAUGCUAAAAAAGCUCCACUUGGUAAACUGUCUUCGAAUCAAAUCAAAGCUGGUUAUUCGGCAUUAAAAGAAAUUGAAGCAUGUAUAAAAGAAAAUAAAUCGAAUCAAUCACUUAUUGAUGCUUGUAACAAAUAUUAUUCACGAAUUCCUCAUGAUUGUGGUAUGAGAACUCCACCAAUAAUUAGAAGUCAAGCGCAAUUAAAAACUGAAAUUGAACUAUUAGAAGCACUGAGUGAUAUUGAAAUAGCCAUUCAAACAUUACAAAUAGAUUCUGAUAAACUUAACCCUGUUGAUCAACGUUAUGAACAGUUACAUUGUGAUAUUCGACCACUUGAUGAAACAGAUCCAGUAUAUAAAAUAAUUAAUGAUUAUUUACAAUCAACACAUACCAAAACACAUCAACAAUAUAAAAUGGAAAUUGAACAAAUAUUCGAAGUUGAAAGAGAGAAUGAAGCUGAACAGUUUAAUGACGUUGGAAAUAAAAUGUUACUAUGGCACGGCUCACGUACGACAAAUGUUGCUGGUAUAAUAAGUCAAGGGUUAAGAAUUGCACCACCAGAAGCACCGAUGACUGGCUAUAUGUUUGGAAAAGGAGUAUAUUUUGCCGAUAUGAGUUCAAAAUCUGCCAACUAUUGUUAUGCAACGCGAAAUAACAAUACUGGGAUUGUUAUAUUGUCGGAGGUAUCCCUGGGAAAAACAAAUGAUUUAUUUGCCGCUGAUUAUAAUGCUGCUAAUUUACCAAAAGGCACAUCAUCUGUUAGAGCGCUUGGUCAAGUUGCUUCAAAUCUAAAAAAUUUCAUAACAUUAAAUGGUGUCGUAGUUCCUAUGGGUCCCGGUGAAGAUGUAAAAGUUCCUAAUCCAAACUUGAUUUACAACGAAUAUAUUGUGUAUGAUACAAAACAAAUUCGAAUGAAAUAUCUUAUAAAACUCAAAUUUUUAUUCAAAUAA